AUGUCGUCUCAAAAGUUCGACAUCCCUUCGCAACAUUGGUCCCAACUUGUAUUCGAUGAAGCUCGAGAUAAACGAAACGAUGCCGACAUCCUCAAAGAGCUCAGUACUUUCCGCCCGGUGACAUCGGAGAAGAACAUCUGGGCAUUCUGGCACUCAGGGAUACAUUCUAUGCCAUCAUGGUGCCAGAGGAAUGUCUGUGCCUGGGUCCGCAUGCAUACCCAAGACGGCUGGACUGUUCGUGUCUUGGACAGCAUACAAGAAUCGGAUAACUACUCACUCAAAUAUGUUCCCGCUGCCAUUCUACCAGACGCAUUUGUCCAUGGAACUAUGGAUGGCCCAUAUGUGGGACCUCAUAGUGCCGAUAUGCUACGCGGGGCAUGCCUGUACGCACACGGAGGUGUUUUCCUUGAUGUUGGCAUCCCGUUGAUUCGAAGCGUCGAUCGCAUUUGUUGGGCAAAGCUGGAGGAUCCAAGCACACCGUUCGAGGUUGCUGCUCCGUGGGUAUAUGGAACUCACAUCGGCAAUCAUUUUGUGUCUGCCAGGAAGGCAAGCCCCUUUAUCGGUCGAUGGCACGAGCUCUUUUGCCAUCUGUGGAAAAACCACACCAAUUUUCUGGGUCUUAUGAAAAGUUCGUUAAUGAAGAUUGUCGCCGAGCAGCCACUGGACCUUGAUAGAGCAUCGAGAUUUCAGUGGGGUAUCAGCAAAGACGCUGCACACGUAGACGAAUAUGUCACGCAGGUAAUGUGUUGGAACCGCGUCUGUCUACUGGAAGAUGCAGGUGACGGCUUUAGUGGCGUUGAGUACUGGACGAAUAAGGUGCUACUAUGGGAUGGUCUUGAAGAGACAUGGGGAGCAGAGACAACCUUGGGCUUCAAAGGCUGUGGCAGAAGAAUGUAUGAUAUAUUUGCACUUCCAUUGGAUUCCGAUAGCAGCAGCCCUGUCCAUCAGGAUGCCGAACGACUGGUCUGGCGGCUACUAUCUGCUUCAAGCAUGCAGAAAGUCUUCCGUGGAAAAGGCUUGACGCAUGACGACGAGUUGGGAGAGCUGUGGGAUGAGGAUAGAGAAGGGCACGAUUGCAAGGAGGGAACAUUUGCAGAGUUAUUCCGCUACGGUUGUGAGAACUUCAAGCAGACAAGAGAAGACAUUACGUACGUCAAAGCACCACGCCCUGCAAAGACGUAUAAGAAGAGCUUGCUAGAAGAUUGA